UCCAUUUUGUCAUGUUUUGAAUAUAAAUUUCUUUCAGUUUUUGAGGAGGCCGAAUUCUUAUUGCCCAGCCUAUUAUGAAGAACUACAAAGAGUGUUGAAUUCUCAAGAAGUUCAAAAUUAUAUGAAAAGCAAAGAAAAUUUAUUGACAUACUUGUCUACUCAUACAGGAAAAUCAAUCACAAGUACCAGCGACGUCUUCGGUAUCUUCCAAACUCUGACAGCGGAAAAUACUAUGAACUUGCCACUACCCGAAUGGUCAAAGUCUGUUUUUCCAGGUGAAGUAGGUGAAAUUGCCAGAAAAAGAUACCAAUUAGAGAACUCCACACCACUUCUCAGGAAACUGAAUGGCGGGAGGAGUUUACAGAGAGUUCUAGAAAAUAUUCUUGCUAAAACUCGAAAUAGAUUGAGUGCCGAAAAUCGAAAAAUUUUUCUCUACAGUGGUCAUGAAAACAACAUCAUCAACAUCCUGACAUCUUUAGGCUGGGAUGUAUCAGAAUUUCCUAAUUAUAGCUCAACGGUCAUAUUUGAACUACACUCCCUGAAAGAAACUGAUGAAUUUGCAGUCAAA